GUUACUUCCGCGGGUGUCCCAACCGCAGGACGGACCUUCCGCCGAAUGCAAGAGAUGGGUCGCCCUGCCAGCGACUCUGGGAGUAGUCCACGAUCAAGAUUGAGUGUGCAUGCAGUAGAACGAGAUCUGUCGUCAAUGUCAGCCUUGCCAACUCCGCGGGGCAUUGGGAGCACACUCAACGUUUGCGUAGAAGGCAAGUUCCUCGGGAUCCUCAUGUCCGGCAUGGUGGAGAAACGUCGCGAAGGAGCUGUGCGGGCAGGUUUUGCCCGGCGCCUUUUCCUGCUGAGCGUUCGGGGUUGUCAUUACUACCGCAAGGCAGACGAUUCCGAGAUCUUUGGUACGGAGCGAGGCUAUCUUGCCUUGCGCGAUUUUGGCUACGCAAAGGUUGUGCCUGAAAACGAAGCGCCGUACGGAACGGUGGAACCCGGCGUUGAUGGCCAUUACUUUGUUGGAUUGUUCUCCAAGCAGCACACGCUCACGUGGUUCCUCCGCGUUGACUCGAUGGACUCUGCGAAGAACUGGGUGACCGCCAUCGGUGCCGCGCAAGAAAUAGCCAAGAAGAACAUGUACCCCAUCGAGUGGACGUCGACAAUGUACAACACAUUCAAUUCCAUCUUCACGGGUCAUCCGCAUCCUCCCGCAACCGACAAUGCCGCCGCCUCAGUUGCCGCAUUGCAUUCCAGUCACCGCGACAACGAGUCUACAUUAGUUUUGGAACUCCCGACAGUACUCGCCAUCUCGAUUGAGCAGCCUUUGUCCUCCCAGCACGACGCGAAUCAACAACUUCGCCGAGAGCGCCUCGUUUGCCGCAAAGUGCAGUUGAACCAAGCAUACAUCCUCGGCAAGACGCUCACCUUGGACGAAACGCUAACGGUCGUGUUGUCCAACCAGCAAUCGGUCACGCAUUCGCUUCGGUCCCUGCGCAAUGCACCGUCGGCCUCAGCCGCAAUUCCCAUUGCUUUGACGACAUCCUCGUUUCGCAUUCAAGCGUCUCUUUCCGUGACCAAGUCGCUGAACCCGGCGGCCCCUACAACCCCGCUGUCCCCAUCGUCAUCGGCGCAGUCGUUUUCCCGCGACCUCCUUCCCACUGCGCCGUACAAUGCCGCGGCGUUGGGCUUCAGUGGCCUGUAUAUUCUCAGCUGCGUCCUCGCGUAUGGAUUCGGGCCGCCGUUUCAAGGACUCAUGCAAAUCACUGUCAUUUUGGGCGCAUUUUUGUCUGCGUCGGUGGUGGCAUCGGCGGUGCUACGUUACCAAGAGCUGUCUCAAAUCAAAGCCGCCCAAGCAGCUAACGCAAGUUCGUCGUCUGCAUCGGCUUUCAGCGCGUUGUUUGUUGUCACAUUCACCAUCACCAAGAUCGAACCAGUGACGCCUGCUGCUUCCGAAGUCCCACAGGACAUGGAAAGUAGUGCUGCUCCCGCUGCCGCCCCCACAAGUGCCCCUGCAGCGACCCCCCCGCAACUUGCCUUCUCUCCGCGCUUUAUCGCCGCCGAAAAAGGCAACGUCGAGAAGGGCCGUGCGCGGUACGAAAGCACUUUGCAGUGGCGCCGAGAGAACAACGUGGACGGCAUGCUGCAGGAACCCCAACCUCAUUUUCAUCUCAUCAAGAAGUACUACCCGCAAUACUUCCACGGGAAAUCGAUCAAGGGCCAUUGUGUGUACUACGAAAAGGUGGGCAAGAUCGACCUGAAGGCGAUGAAGGCCGCCGGGCUCACAAUUGACCAACUGCUGCGCCAUUACGUGUACUUGACCGAAUACAUGUGGACGAUCCUCGAGCCGUCGGACUCUGGGCGCAGCGUCACCGUGCUGGACGUGAACGGCAUUGGCUUUUACGACUUGGCUGGGGACGUCCUCUUGUUUGUGCGGCAAGCGACAGGGUUCGUGUCGGCCAACUACCCCGAGCGAAGCGCGCAAAUCUUCAUCGUGAACGUGCCAACGUGGUUCAACAUGGUGUGGAGCGUCGUGAGUCCCAUGAUUGAUCCAGUGACGAAGGAGAAGAUCCGGAUUUGCAAAGGUCGCGCGGUCAAAGAGGAACUGCUCAAGUCGAUUGCGGAAGAUCAGUUGCCGGCGGACUACGGCGGUUCGAGCGUGAAAUUGGGCGAAUCGGACGAGGAAGUUGCGUUGGCCAAGUAUGUGGACCAAGCCCUGGCAGCAUCAGGCCAUCCCAACUAAUCCGUUGAAUGUGAAAACGUACAUCGAUGACGUGGCAGUCGGAGAGCACACAACGUCCUUUUCUGUUGAC